AUAUUACACCAAGAACCGCUCUGUUCCCAUCAGAAAAGAAACCUACUCCGUGUCUACCUUCUUUUAUUUUGGGUGCAAACCUACUCUCUGUAUCUCAAACACGGAAAAAAAAAAAAGCAAGCAAAAAAAUGGGUAAGGGAGGCAAAGCUGCUGAGCCAGAAAACAUGGGUGCUUGGCUUCUUGGUGUUAACAACAUCAAGAUCCAACCUUUCAAGCUUCCCAGUGUGGGGCCCAAUGAUGUUCGCGUUCGGGUCAAGGCUGUCGGCAUUUGUGGAAGUGAUGUUCACUACUUCAAGACAAUGAAAUGUGCAGAUUUUGAAGUUAAAGAGCCAAUGGUAAUUGGCCAUGAGUGUGCUGGGAUCGUUGAGGAAAUCGGGGGCGAGGUGAAGCAUCUUGCUCUCGGAGAUCGUGUGGCGGUAGAGCCCGGGAUCAGCUGCGCACGGUGCCAGCAGUGCAAAGGUGGAAGGUACAAUCUCUGCCCGGACAUGAAGUUUUUUGCCACCCCACCGGUUCAUGGUUCCUUGGCAAAUCAGAUUGUACAUCCUGCGGAUCUGUGCUUUAAACUCCCGGAGAAUGUGAGUUUGGAGGAAGGGGCAAUGUGUGAGCCCUUGAGUGUAGGGGUUCAUGCUUGCCGGAGAGCCAAUGUCGGUCCGGAAUCAACUGUUCUGAUCAUCGGAGCCGGCCCCAUUGGUCUGGUUUCUGUUCUGGCUGCCCGUGCUUUCGGGUCACCAAGAAUCGUCAUUGUGGAUAUGGAUGACCAGCGUCUAGCGAUGGCGAAGUCUCUUGGUGCUAAUGACACCGUCAAAGUUUCGACAAAAAUGGAAGAUUUGGAUGAUGAAAUUGCCCAGAUUAAGAUAGCCAUGAAGUCCGACGUGGAUGUGAGCUUCGAUUGUGUCGGUUUUAACAAAACCAUGUCAACCGCUCUUGGUGCCACCCGUCCCGGCGGCAAAGUUUGCCUCGUCGGAAUGGGACACGGCACGAUGACAGUCCCACUUACUCCAGCUGCUGCCAGGGAGGUUGAUGUUGUAGGAAUUUUCCGGUAUAAAAACACAUGGCCGCUUUGCCUCGAGUUUUUGAGAAGUGGGAGGAUCGCUGCCGCCGUGAAGCCUGCUCUCUUAUCGCGACGAGUUCUUAUCUCUUGGACAGCUGGUUCUUGGGUCGUGAAUGCGACAAAGUGA